UCGGGGGUGGUUCCGUGCCUGCGCAGACCCGCGCGCCCGCCCGCCCGCGCCCCGCCUGCGCCUCGCUCGCCCCGCUGCAGUGCGGAGGGAGGGCUCGAAGAUGGCCGGCUGGCAGAGCUACGUGGACAACCUGAUGUGCGAUGGAUGCUGCCAGGAGGCCGCCAUUGUCGGCUACUGCGACGCCAAGUACGUGUGGGCGGCCACCGCUGGGGGCAUCUUCCAGAGCAUCACGCCAAUAGAAAUAGACAUGAUUGUAGGAAAAGAUCGAGAGGGUUUCUUUACCAAUGGUUUGACUCUUGGUGCAAAGAAGUGCUCAGUAAUCAGAGAUAGUCUGUAUGUGGACGGUGACUGCACAAUGGACAUCAGGACAAAGAGUCAAGGAGGUGAACCGACAUAUAAUGUUGCUGUGGGCAGAGCUGGCCGAGCAUUGGUUAUAGUCAUGGGAAAGGAAGGUGUCCAUGGAGGGACACUGAACAAGAAAGCAUUUGAACUCGCUUUAUACCUGAGGAGGUCUGACGUCUAAGCAGCCUCUCCCCAUCCACCUAGCAACUGUCUUCAUCGCCACCCCAGUUAUAUGUUCAUAGUACUACCAGACUAUAGAUGGUAGUAUGUUUGUUUUUAUUUCCCUAUUUUCUAAUGUCAUUACCCAAAUGGAUCAUUUGUAUGUUAACCACUGUAUGUAAUAGAAACCCUUAUCUGGCACCAUUAUUGCAGCAUAAUAAUGAUAUGCAUGAUACCUUGAAAUUUGGGGGGAGGGGGGCAUGCCAAUUUGGGCAUUGCUUUAUUUUAGCAAUUAGUGGGAUCUUGAGACUACUAAAAUAAGUUUAACACUAAUAAGCGAGGUGCCGAUUGUACAAUCUCCAAUUUGAUCAAUGUCUUUUCAGCACUUUGAGCAAUUACAUGGCUCCCUUAGUCUUCCUUUUAUAGAGCAUGGUUGGGAGGAAAAAGUGCAUGCAUCUCUCUUGUCUCCUCCCCUCUCCUCCCUUCCCACAUACGGUAUUUCGUUUGCUUCCAUCUACUCUUGCAGUGCCUGGAUUAUUCAGCUAUUUUAACACUGUCUCCGUUUAUGAGCUGCUGAGAACUGCGGGAAAUUCUGCCUUAGUGUUGCUGUUGUACUCCAGUAGACACAAAGCUUUUUUCCUAGUGUCUUAGAGCACACACGACUACUUUGGAGUACAAUGGCAAACGAGAGCAAAAGGUGCAAAAGGGCACACUUCCUCCUCGAUCUUACAGAGACUAUGUGGAUUGACUCCCUAGGGACCUUCCAUCACUGCAAUAGCUCAGGCACUUGAGAGGUCUGUGUCUGUCUUUUCUUUUUCAUAUCAGCUCCUGUUUGUUUUUUAAAAAUUGAUUUAUGAAAGGCUGCCAUCAUGGACAUUAGAUACCCCAAUAUAACCAUCUGGAGUGUGUCCGAUUUUUUCAUAGGACCAAUUUUUAUUUGCAGCUUGGGUUUUUGUAUGAAAUUCUGUUGUUAUUGUGGAAAAAACUGCCACCUUCAGCUAUAUAUACUGGUAGUCUAGACUGACUUAUUUUGGUCUGAUCACUGAUUGGUUAAAAAGUAAAUGGAGUUGCUGCUUUAAUACCGAUAUUUGGAUGAGGGUUGGAAGUUUUAUAAGCUAAAAUAGUUGAAAUAGACACAUUUCAAAUUUUAAAACCUGCAUUUGGCCUGUCACACCCUUGCUGUGGAGUAAAUCUGCCUUGUGCUCUAGUCAUCCAAAAUAUGUGUAACCAAGCUGUCAGUUCAAAGCACGGAACUAACUUGUAUGUUCAUUUAAAAAAAAAAUAAACAACAAAUGACUUCUGUAUAAAAAAUAAAUGGGAGAUGGUAUUGGUUGGAAUAACUGACUUGGCUGUCUUGUGAUGAAUUUUUAAAUAUGUAUUCUGUGCCAUACUAUUGUUAAAAAUGAACUGUUGCUAUUGUGAGAUGGAUCUUAACCCAUUAAGGGUUUCUUAUUUUGAAUGGCACUAUUUUAGGGACAUUCUUGUAUUUGCUUCUAUUGUUUGGGCCUUGUGGAUAAUGUACAGAUUUUAAAAACAAAAAUCUUGUUGCUGAUUUAUUCAUUUCUUUCCCUGCACUUUGUUACAUCUGGGAUACAGUCUAACUCGUCUGAUUUAAUAUGCAUUUCAAAAAAUGCCAUAAUAUUAAAACACCUUGUUUACAGACAGAUGAAAUAAAUUUAUUCCAACCAAAUAAAAUCUAGGCUCUUGUCUA